AUGCCGGGCACCUCACCAAGUCACUUCAUUUCUGGAUAUUCCUAUUUGCUCCCCGUCUCGGAAACCUACGGCCUCCCCGACUUCGAUCUCGAGUCUCUUUCUGGGUUAACACCCUCAUCUCCACUCUUCACCCUCUUCUUCAGCUUCUUUUCAGCCCAAUUGGGUAAGUUGACGAGCCUAUCUAGCCAUACCCGAGGCUUUUCGUUCCCGCGCGGCUUGCUAACCCGACUGCACACGAAAAGCUUCUUUCCUUCUUCAUCCCCCGCCAUGCUCUACCGUACCACCGCCGCCCGCUCUGUGCUCCGGGCUGUCUCGAGCUCCAAUGCCUCCGUGGCUCGCUCGACCCUGGUCAACCCGGUCUUCAAGGCCCAGCUGACCUCGUCCGCCCGCUAUGCGGUCCGCCCGUCCGUCAAGUCCAACUUCGCGCUCGCUGCUCACAAGCCCGUCACCACUGCCCUUGUUCGCCACGCCUCGUCUUCCAGCAAGGAUGACGAUGAUGUCGACAUGAUGGCCGGUAUGAAGUCCGAGGCUAAAGUCAUCAAGGACACUUUCAGCCUGGCUGCGGUCCCCAAGGAGGCUCUCUACCUCGGUAUGGCCGGUGUCAUCCCCUACCUGGCCACCUCUCUGGAGACCGUCUACCUCUCCUAUGAGAUCAACCGCGCCGCUUCCCUUGGCGAUGGUCUGCUCUUCUCCGGCCAGAGCGCUGAGCUGCUCCUGCACAUGCUCGAGCCCCUCCAGGUCACCUACGGUGCCGUCAUCCUUUCCUUCCUCGGUGCCGUCCACUGGGGUCUUGAGUGGGCUGGCUACGGCGGCAAGUUCGGCUACCGCCGUUACGCCGCCGGUGUGAUCGCCCCUGCCGUGGCCUGGCCUACUCUGCUGUUCCCCACUGAGUACGCUCUGAUCACCCAGUUCCUUGCCUUCACCUUCCUGUACUACAACGACGCUCGCGCUGCCGCCGUUGGCCGUGCUCCCCACUGGUACGGCAUGUACCGUUUCGUCCUGACCUUCGUUGUCGGUGCCUCCAUCGUCGCCACUCUGAUCGGCCGUGAGCAGAUCCAGUCGACCAUCAACACCGAGCACACCAUCACCGACAAGGUCAAGGCUCUGCUCUUCCUGCAGAAGAAGGAGAAGGAGGAGGCCGAUGCCCGCCGCAAGGCUGAGAUCGAGGACUCUGAGUAA